AUGACGCAGUUUUUUAACUGCUGCAUCACAUCGGCAAGUGGCAGAUCGCAGUGGCUGUGUUUCAAGCCGCGUCGCGGUGGCCAGACGCGUCUGCCGGGGCCCAGGCCCCAUGAGUAUCAGCCGACGAACCUCUCCGAGGCCGAGCUUCUGCAGCAUGCUCUGCGGCUCUCGGAGCUGGAGGCAAAUCAAGGCCAUCUGGCAGGUGCCCUGAUGGCUGACCCUCCCGUCGCGAGCUCCGAGGGAAGUCCCCAAGAGGAGGCCCUCGAACGAGCCAGGCUUCGGGAAGAGCAACAGGCUGAGUAUGAGGCUGACAUCCCAGCUGGUGCUGACUAUGGUAGAGGGUGCGAACAAUGGAAAGAUGAAAGUCUCAGAAUCGAUCGCGAACGCGCGGCGGAGAAAGCCUUGAGGCAGAAGGAAGAGGAGGAGCGACAGCGGCAAGAGUCCGAAGAGUUGGAAUCGAAGGUGAAACAGGCAGAGGCUGAGGAGCAGGCGAAGAAGGAGAAGAUGACGCAGAUCCUCCAAGAGGCCCAGCAGAUGCUUCCUCCGGAGCCUGCAGACGUGCCUGCCGAGCCAGCGAGCCCUUUGGCUGCUAUGCCACCCGCUACGGCCCAGACUGAAACUGGCCCUGGUGAAUCCAUCGAUCCACAGGAGCUGCCUCAAGCUGCUGCCAAUGGAGUGGCAAGCCCUGCUGCUGUGACAGGGCCACGCCAAGGGUCACCGGUGAAGGGCUCCAGAUCUCGGCUGCCAAUGCCAAAGAUGUCAGCUGGUAGGCGUGUGCAGAUUGGGAAAGGCUCUGUGCCGCAAAGCCUACAACAUAUCGUGCCGCGCAGCCUGCAGGAACGUGACAGGUUGGGACGAGCAAUGGCACAGACCUGGCAGUUGGCUGACAAGUACUCCUUUGAUUUUGAGACGACCAAUAUCGUUGUUUUGGGACAGCAAAGCUCCGGAAAGACGUCAUGGGUGGAACGGUGGCUCCAGUUUCCAUUUUCCGUCGUGGACACGGGGAUGGCCACGAGCCGUCCUGCAGUGCUGACCAUCUGCCCCAAGAGGGAUCCAACUACCGAAGACAUCAUCACGGUGAUUGAGGAGCUCCCAGGUGGUGCCAAAUCCGAACCUGAGACCUUGAGAGAUGUUCCAGGUGGUGAGUCCGCUUUGUGCCAGCUGUUCAACUGGUGUGCCAAGAAGAAUACCAAGACUCCGCUGAAAGAGAAGAUCUUUAUCACCAUUGAGACAGAGAAGUGUGACACUCCCAAGCGCAUCAUGGAUUUACCAGGUGUGCGAGCCAACGAUGGGAGCAACCCAGAGGACAAGGGAGUAAACAAGGCGAUCGUGGAGAUGGUCACGGAUGAGCUGAAGAAGCCGAAUUCCAUGGUGAUUUGUCUUGCAGAGGCAAGGAGUGAUCCCUUGAAUGACAAUAUGCUGAGAGAGCUGCAGAAGAGCCAAGCCAUUGAUGACCGGGGCGAUCUGCACAAACGACUCCUUUUGGUCUUGACGAAAUCGGACCAGUGGUUCGGAGAUGUCGGUUGUGCGGAGGAGGUUCGCAAGCAACUGCGAACCUGGCAGCGAGAAUUCUUUCGUUGUGAGCCAAUGCUGGUCGGCUUCUCUCUUGACCACAAGGAGAUGAAGGGCAACAAGGGUUUGGAGAGCCGCCGUGAGCAGUAUCAACGUGCUUGCAAGCGGGAGGCUGAAGCUGUGGAGGCUUUCAGAAAAGAGAUGAAGCUGGACACUGAGGAGGACGUGAAAUAUUGGAAUGAGAAGGUCACCUUCAAGAAGGUCAAGGACAUUGUCGUGGAUCGUUCUUUGGAUAUGGACUGGGCGAAUCUCAACAAGUCCAUACAGCAGAUCCAGCACCGACAGCAUGAGGUGGAGCAAAAGUUGGGCCAGUUGCGCCAUGAACUGGAAUCACACGAUCCAGCGGAGUUGAAGGACGAGGCAUCAGCUGGGGCAGAGUCGCUUGUGGAUGCCAUGCUCGGCGAAACGGUCAAGUUCUUGACGGCUGUCACAAAGACGUUGAUCGAAGAGGAGCGGGAGUUCCUUGCCUCUCGCUGGGAAUAUUCCAGCGAUGCGAUGUUGGCGGCUUCGCAGGCCAAGCGUGCGCGCAGCAUUGAUUACAAUCGAACGGAUGAGCACGCCCCUGGGCACUUUGACCAGUUUUACCUCGAGAUGUUGGAAGAUGACAACUUCAUUCAAUGUGUUCCAGGCUUUGAUGACCCUUUGACAGCUGGAGCCGGCACUCGCCGUGCAAAGGAAUUCUUCCGCUUGUUGUCUUUACUCUUCAUGCAUCCGGACGAGAGUGAUCGCAUUCGAAUCCUGAAUUGCACCGCAAUGAAUCCAGAUAUGCCAAACCUAGAGGAUGACAUGACUCGCAUGUAUGAGGUGCUGAAGGGCAAGGCGGCCACAAUGCGAGAGAUUGCCCAGUAUUUUGUGCAGAAAAUUGUGCACCUGGGGGUGAAGUGCUUGUCUUAUGCUUGGACCAACAUGAAAGAAAGCAAGACAGUGCAAAGGCCCAUCAUCGACAAGCUUGCUGCCAACUCAGAUGUGGAUGAAGUGUUCGAGCCCUUGCGCAGAGGCUUCUUGAAGGAAUUCCUCUGGCAUGCGCAGCAUGCUUACACAUGCUGCAUUUCAGACCAUGCUUUGAGGAUGCAUCACCUUGGGGCGUUUGGGCGUGAACAAGUUCUACUGCUCCCUGAGGGAGUGGAUGAGGCAACAAUUCGUGAAGCGACGAAGAAGUACGACGAAGCGCGUGAGCAGCUUGUGAAAUCGAAUCUUCCCGAAGGUUUUGAACAUAAAUACCCAGAUGCCUGGGCUGGUGUCAAAGAGGGCUUGCUGUGUAUCAACAAGACUGGUUGGUGUGAUCAAGUGCCCAACCUCACUGGCCGUUUUAUCCAGAAUAUGAUCGCCUGCAAGGUGUUGGUGCCGGAGAUUUCGGAAGCCCGCAAUCCCCAGGAGUAUGAAGACAUUUCCGACAGACUUGAGCGCAUGAAUCCCAAUCGGCAGAACAAGUUCUUCGGCAAAAUUGCAGUUCUCUUUGCUUUGAUGAGCCCCGGCUUUGUCAUGGAUGUGGAAGAACGUUGCUGCAGCGGCUUGCUGGGUAGCCCACUCAACCAGUUCUACAGACGUGGCUUUGUGAAGAGCAUGCAGGAGGAGCUAAUUCAGGCUUUCAUGAACGAAGAGGAGCUUGACGCGAUGCGCCAGAAUCUGACCUUGGAGGUUCAAAAGUUGGAAGGCGAAAACGAUGACCUGAAGAAGGCGUUGAAGUCACUCCGUGAGAUCAAAGCCAAACCGUGA